AAAAAAAAACAAACACGUCAGAUGGACGUUUUGUUUCCGGCCGCCAUUUUGUGGAGUGAAACCAUUGCCCGUGUCCGGUUUGUGGCGCCGAGCGGUAGCGUUGAAAGCAGGCUACGAGCCGGCGAGGGUGUCCGGUGACGGUCCGGUUGGAGCUGAGGGGGGUCUCCGGGGCCCCAAUGACCCGUUGGACUCGGGGAGAGAGAGUAUUCCAUAGCGGCUGCAGGGCCCAGGCCUUUCACUGCGAGAAGGCGGCCAUCUCGUCCGUGUGAGCACAGUCUGCUGAGGUAAUAUGAAGGGCCCCCCCUCACACACACAGCCACACACACCAAUACAAACCCCUUCAAUCCUCCAAAGCCGUGUGAGCUCAGUCUGCUGAGGUAAUAUGCCGGCCCCCCCUCACACACACCAAUACAAACCCCUUCAAUCCUCCGAGGCCGUGUGAGCACAGUCUGCUGAGGUAAUAUGAAGGGCCCCCCCUCACACACACCACACAUACAAACCCCUUCAAUCCUCCGAGGCCGUGUGAGCACAGUCUGCUGAGGUAAUAUGCCGGCCCCCCCUCACACACCAAUACAAACCCCUUCAAUCCUCCGAGGCCGUGUGAGCUCAGUCUGCUGAGGUAAUAUGCAGGGCCCCCCUCACACACAGCCACACACACCAAUACAAACCCCUUCAAUCCUCCGAGGCCGUGUGAGCACAGUCUGCUGAGGUAAUAUGCAGGGCCCCCCUCACACACAGCCACACACACCAAUACAAACCCCUUCAAUCCUCCGAGGCCGUGUGAGCACAGUCUGCUGAGGUAAUAUGAAGGGCCCCCCCUCACACACAGCCACACACACCAAUACAAACCCCUUCAAUCCUCCGAGCCGUGUGAGCUCAGUCUGCUGAGGUAAUAUGAAGGGCCCCCUCACACACAGCCACACAUCAAUACAAACCCCUUCAAUCCUCCGAGGCCGUGUGAGCACAGUCUGCUGAGGUAAUAUGCCGGCCCCCCCUCACACACAGCCACACACACCAAUACAAACCCCUUCAAUCCUCCGAGGCCGUGUGAGCUCAGUCUGCUGAGGUAAUAUGUGAGGCCGUGUGAGCACAGUCUGCUGAGGUAAUAUGAAGGGCCCCCCCUCACACACAGCCACACACACCAAUACAAACCCCUUCAAUCCUCCGAGGCCGUGUGAGCACAGUCUGCUGAGGUAAUAUGCCCCCCCCUCACACACAGCACACACACCAAUACAAACCCCUUCAAUCCUCCGAGGCCGUGUGAGCACAGUCUGCUGAGGUAAUAUGAAGGGCCCCCCCUCACACACACAGCCACACAUCAAUACAAACCCCUUCAAUCCUCCGAGGCCGUGUGAGCACAGUCUGCUGAGGUAAUAUGCCGGCCCCCCCUCACACACCAAUACAAACCCCUUCAAUCCUCCGAGGCCGUGUGAGCACAGUCUGCUGAGGUAAUAUGCAGGGCCCCCCUCACACACAGCCACACACACCAAUACAAACCCCUUCAAUCCUCCGAGGCCGUGUGAGCACAGUCUGCUGAGGUAAUAUGAAGGGCCCCCCCUCACACACACCAAUACAAACCCCUUCAAUUCUCCGAGGCCGUGUGAGCACAGUCUGCUGAGGUAAUAUGAAGGGCCCCCCCUCACACACACCAAUACAAACCCCUUCAAUUCUCUGAGGCCGUGUGGCUGGCAGAGGGCUGUGGGAGUUGUAGGCCCGCAAUCCCACCCAUUAUUUAUAUUAUUUGACCAGAAAGGAUACAUUACAAUUUCUCGUUUUCCCACUAUGUCCUGGGCCGACUAAUAUCGCAUUGAUACAACGGGAUACAGAUAUUAUAUUAAACUUACACAAUGUUAAAAUGCAAUAUUAAAACUAAAUCCAACACAAAAGAGGUCAGUAAAUUAUAACCCACCGUGAUGACCGUGACUCUGUGUUGAGAUAUGUUCACAGAAAUCUCUUAAGGGAUUUUUAGCCUGGAGGAAAAUUAAAUUUUUACAUUGUUUUUGCUCUUUUUUUUUUUUUUUUAUUAGUGACUGUUUUUGUUUUGAAGCCCAGUCAAGCCGCCCUAGCAAGCGCAUAGUACAAAACUGCAUGAGUUAGUAAAUAUUGGGAAAGUGGUGUUUAGUGGCCUAUGAUUCAAACAAAUGCAGUCACCUGUCAGAUUUUGGUGAAACUAAAAAAAAUUACUUUAAAUCAUUGAAGUGGUCAUGGUGCUUGGAAUAACUCUCUAAAAUAGAAUGAAAACUGUAUAUCAAUGUAUAAUAGUUUUUAUAUGCUUUAUUGUUACAUUAAUAGGGCUGAGACAUACAAAUCUAGAUCCCAAGUUCCUGCCAGGGCCCUCCUUCAGACAUCAAUACCAAAAUCCCAGAUACCUAAGAGAAAAAAUGGCAACCAACAUGGGAGAACAGCUGAAUCCAGAGUGGUAAGUUAUUUUUUUCAUUUUCCGCUCUCUCUAUAAAAUAAAAAAAAUUCUAAUAGAAAACCUCUCUAACUCUGCAGUACGUUGCCAGACUGUAUGAAAGUGGUUUGACUGCUUACUCUGGAGGGGUGCCAGGACACUCCUGGCAUCUUAACUACUAGAGAUCUAUAAAUGCAAAUAAUAGUGCUGACAGUACAAGUUUCAUUGCUGUGGUAGUUGGUGUAGACUACAACAUAAUGACAUGAAAGUGUGUAUGUACACCCACCACCACCCAGGAAUCAGUGUGUUACAGAAGCUGCAAAUCAGGUGUGUUUUUGUUGUUUUUUUUUUUUUUUUCUGAUGUGCUUUGAUCUUUUUAUUAAAUAUAAUGCUAAUUUAUUUCACAUAGGAUCCAGCAGUACAAUGCAAGCAGUGGUAUGGAAACACCAAUGCAUGAAAAUCCUGAAUGGGAAAAGGCACGCCAAGCUUUAGCAACUAUUCAGAAAGAUAACUCUAAUUCUGCAACUACUAAAGGAGCAGCCAAUGAUCAAGCAAGCACCCAGGUGAGAAUGUAUUCAUUCACCAGAACUAUAAUCUACAUUUCCAGUUCAAACUUUAUAGCCUACGUAUCCGUGAGCAAUCCAUCAGGAAACAAAUCUCGCUUUGAAAAAAAAUUCCUAUAUUUGCUCAGCAUCAACUGGGUUCAUGCAAAGUGAGUGCUUACAGCUCUCACCAUGUUUACUUGCUCACAGGCAGACUUUAGGAUAGUUUGCUUAAUAUACUAAUUAUGAAAGGGCAAUAAGUACAUAUGUAACAUUUCAGAGAACUGACAAUCUCUAGACAGUGAAGCAAUUUCUUUCACUAUUCCCUGCUAUUAAAGUGUAUCUGUGGGGGCUUCUCCCCCUUACCUGACCCUCUGGUGUAAUGUUGUACAACGGCACAGAAUGGUGGUCUAUUGAAAAUCCCGGCAGACCAUGACCUACUUCAUAAUAAUCUUCCACAGCAUUAGUUAGUUAGAUGCAAUGGGUAACUAUAACACUAUGUAAUGUAUUGUUUGAACAUGCAAUGCUCUCUCACUUACAUUGUUUUUCUUUUCACUAGUAUGCAGCUCAUCAAGGAGAUGCUGCGAUGCAGCAUCAAUAUUAUCAAUGGUAUUCACAGUAUAAUUAUACGUAUCCAUACAACUACUAUUCUUACCCCAUGGUAUGUAUCUCCCUUCUUUUUCUGUAGUCCAAAGUUCCAAACCUAUGAAAUAUGCAGUUAGGUUUUUACCUAUCUGAAUAAAUGUUCCUGUUUAAUGUUAAAUCCAUUAGUGACAACUGGCACCAUAACCAAGAUAGUGUUAUAUUGGUGUUAUGGUGCAUGGAUCAUUUAUUUUUAAUUGUAGUUUAUUCCAUAAGCAGUGAAUUGUGAUUUGAAAGCCUGGAUAUCCUUUGUGUCUGAUUUUAAAAUUAUUUUUUUUUUUAAAUGCUUUUAGUUCAUCACAAUUGACUAUUUAUCAAGUAAACCCUUGUAUUUCCAGUUCAGCUGUUCUGCUCUAAAAUUUGCAAUUAUCGGUCAACUAAUGGUUUAGUCAGUAAUCCUAUUAAUGAAUGACUUUGUGCACAACAACAUUCCUUGCAUGUAAUUUUUUUAUAUUUAUUUUUUAAAUAUUGGAUUUACUACAAUUGAAUGACUUUAAAUUUCAAUGGUAUUUAGACAAAUAAGAUUGAUAUACCACCACUUAGAAUUUAAAAAACGGAGAGCAUACUUUUUAAUACAGGCUGUAUGCUUGACAUUUAGUUCUACCUGUGUUUAUUGAAGUCUUUUAUGUAUUGCUCUGUUUUGCAGAAUAUGUAUGGGGGAUACCCCACCACGGGGCAAUACAGCAUGCCAGGUGCUUAUCAAGUGACUGCCUCACAGCAGCCUCAAACAGUGGUCCAGCAUCAGGGGAAUCCUAACCAGGUACACACUAGCAAAUUCUGUGCCAUAUAAAGUUUUAUUAAAAAUUUACUAAAUGUAUUUGUGAGCAAAUUGUAGAAAAAUUUAACUUGCACAGGUCAGUUAUAAUAUAGAAACCUAGAUUAUUUUUUUUUUUCUCUCUCUCUCUCUUGGGUGGUUUGGUAGUACUUGGAAACUUAUCUUCAGCUUAAACAAUUUUGAAUGAUUUUAUUUCCAUCCAGAAUUGCUUUAAAUGUUUUUUGUAGCUGAAUUUCAUGAAUAUAUAUAUUUUGUUAUAUAGGAAACAUUGUAGUUUUCAUUAGCUAUAGUUAAAUGUGUGUUCCCGGACAUCGUAUUCUAGCAGUGCACAUUAUCAGUAUUCACACUUUAUUUUAAACCUUUUUUUUUUUUUUUUUAAUACACAAAUUUGAAUAUCUUAUGAAUCUGAUCAUUCAGAUAACCUAACCAAUGCAGCUUACUGUAGUUAUCAUGCAAUGAAAUUUAGAGCUUGUUUCUCAAUGAUACUGACUGGGUGCCAUUUGCUGAAUUGCCUUUUGUUGCUGUUAAGCGAAUAUAUACAGUAUAUUAACUUCAAUAGUUUAGCAGUAGCAACAAGGAGAUGGUAAAUAGCUGGCACUAUGAACAUCAAGGUUGUAAACUAGCCCUUGGGGUGCAGUCCUUUGAUUUGUGUCGUGUUUUGGUCCUCAGACAUGGGGGUAAUCUAACCUCCUUAUUAUAAGUCCAUGUUUCGGUGUGCUGUGAGCCCAGUUCUUACCAAGCAGUGAUUGGCUCAGUGCAAGGGUGUAAUGAGUCCUGCUGAAUCACAGGUGUCCAUUUUUGAUAUACACAUUUUCCACAAGUCCUUUUAGCAUAACUAAAUUAGUCAUUGCAGGCCUCUCAUUAUUUGCCCAAGGCAUGUGUUAACAUAUCUUAGUAAAAAAUGUUUUGUGUUCUUUUUAAAAUCAGGUUUUUCAGAUUGUAUGCUUUAGCAUUCUUUAUAUCUGGGACAUAAGGUAAUAACUAUUCCGUAGGUCAUAACAUUGUUUUGCUUUUUGUUUUCAGCCUCCUGUUCCUGGUCUAGAAGAUGGCAUGUCUUAUUCUACUGUUCAACCACAGGUUUCUACAUCUAAUAACCAAUCUGCUUCACAUCAUCAACUUGUCAAUCAUAGUAUGACACAGUCUUGUCCUCAAGGAGGAUCAUCAAACGGCCAUCCUACUCAACAGCAUCCAGUAUCAAAUUCCAAUAGUUAUAAUCAGCAUUCCUAUAAUGAUGCUUCCAAACAGAAUAAGGGCCAGCAACUGUAUAAUCGAAUGAAGCGUGAGUUGUCUUUUUCAUUUGAGCCUAAACCGUUAAUCUAUAUUUUUUUUUUUUUUUUCUAUAACCUAAAUAGAGAAAGUGGCCUUUUCAGAACCUAUUGUAUUUUAUAGAACUUAUCUCCCAAAUGUGUGAGUGAAAAGAUCUUCUUCAGAUUACAUACAAGACUCGAAUAGUGCAACAAAUUGUUGUUCUGUCAUGAAAACUCUAUUUUUAAAGUGCUCAUUGGGUUUUUUUUUAUUUGUGGCAUUGUACAGUUAGCAUUUUUUGAUGCAGAUCUUGGUUUAAAAGUGGUAGUGCUUUUAUUUUAUAAAAUUUAUUUUUCUUUUUUAAAUAAAGAUAUUUAAGAGUGUCAAAAUUAUAACUGACUACUAAAUGAAUCUCAUCUGGUGAAUUUAGGGGAAAUUAGUUUGUUUGACUGUUAAUAAAGAACCAAAAUACUUUAAAUGCCAUACAAAACUGUGCCCAUGUCUUUUGUAAAAUUGCACUUUCUUAAUUAGCUGUGCUAUUCAUUCAUCUUUUCAUUGGUUUACUUUUGUUGGACCUUAUAAAGGCAGGUAUUAAAAUAGUAGCUCUUUUAAAAAGGUAGCCACAAGGUGUCUUUUGCCAAGACCAGUGCAGAUUUCAGUCCUGACCCACUGUUCAGACUGAUAAGGGGGGUUGAAACUCAAUUGAAAUACUUAUAUUUUUUUCAUUUUCUAGAGGCCCCUGGUUCUGGAGGACUGAAGUUUAAUAUUCAGAAACGUCCUCUUGUAAUGGCCAAUCAGAAUUUUGAACCUGGUGAGCACCAUGGUAAUUCUGGGCAGCAGCAGCAGAAACAUAUGCAUAAUCAACUACAGCACCUGCAGCAACCACAUCUUCAGCAAACUGAAAAGGGACGUGAUAACAGGUAAUGUUACAUUUUUGAUUGUGUGUACGUGUUUGUUCUUUGGCAAUGUGUUUAUUUUGAAAAGCUUUUGGAAAAGUCUGUUUUCUAUUUUGUUCUGUAACAAUUUAAAAAAUGUUUACAUCUUCCCAGCAAUCCUUCUGCAAAGCCAGAAGAUUGGCCUCCAGCAAUGAAGGACUAUGUCCAGCGCUGUUUCACGGCAUGUGAGACAGAAGAAGAUAAAGACAGAACUGAGAAACUGCUUAAAGAAGUCUUGCAAGCCCGGCUACAAGAUGGAUCAGCCUAUACCAUCGACUGGAGCAGAGAACCUCUUCCAGGGUAUGCGCUUAAAAGAGGACUCUUCAAGCCUGAAGUGACCCAUACUUUUAAUCCUUAGGACAGAACUAAAAAAAAAAAAGUUCUGUAUCACUAGCCAUGCCUUACAAAUUACUCAUCAAUGCAAGGCUGGAUGGUCCAUGACACACUUACCAGGGUUGAAUUUGUACUCCCUAGGGCAAAUACAAAUCUUCAAUAAGCAGGGUUUAAAAUUUUAAAAGUUCCUGCUUUUACAUUUCAGGCAGUGCAAAGCACAAAAGGCUUUUACCAGUCAGGAGCCUCUCACUCUUGCAUCCUAAUGAAGUGGUUCUGGUGCAUAGUUGCUACCCUUUUUGUUAGUAUAAAACAUUGCAGUUUCAGAUAAACAUAUUCGUCUAUAUUGUGCCGGUAGUGGAUAACACACAGACUGCCAUAAAUGAACCUUCAUGAUUGAAGCCUUCCAUUUUCAAUGAACUUCAUGUUCCACGUCAUAACACACUUUAAGCAGAACACUGUUAAUGCUUCUCAUAGAGCAUAGACGCAUUGACUUGGACAAAAGUCUUCAAAACUGAUGACUUUGCCAUCUGUUAAACAGUUGCAGAGAAAAGUGUGUUCCAAUGAUGGAACUCACUCUUAGUGUUAUAUAUUCUUAGUGUUCCAUUAAACUGUACCAGUUUUAUUUGCUUUUUUCACUUUCUAUUUAUUUAUUUUUUGUUUUCUUCUGGACCUGCUUUAUUUUGUUUAAAAAAUGUUCAGUAGCAGUAUGUUGUAUACUCAGCACUGUGGGCUUUGUCAAGCCAACUGAUUGUUUUCAGGGUAAUUAACUAAAUGCUGAGUUGUAGCAAAUUAAAUCUGAAUAGCAAAGUUGAGACUGAAAUAGCUGAUCAUGAGUAACUCCUAGUCGUCUAUAGUAACAACUUAUCUAUUUUAUCCUCAAUAUUUGCUGUUCUAAUUUGCCAGACUUCAGGGUUAAUGAAUGACCCUGUAAGUUUGUUUUUGUUAUCUUCCAAAAGUAACUAAACCAUGUGUACUAUAAUACAGAAUAGUAUAUUAAUAGUCCCCAAAGCAACUUUAGCUUAAAGGACCACUAUAGGCACCCAGACCACUUCAGCUUAAUGAGGUGGUCUGGGUGCCUGGUCCAUCUAGGGUUAACCCUUUUUUUCUAUAAACAGUUUCAGAGAAACUGCUAUGUUUAUGUUAAUGUUAAUCCAGCCUAUAGUGGCUGUCUCAUUGACAGCCGCUAGAGGGCUUCCGCCUUUCUCACUGUGAUUUUCACAGUGAGAAGACGCCAGCGUCCAUAGGAAAGCAUUGUGAAUGCCGAAGAGGGAGGAGAGGAGGAGGAGAGCUCCCCGCCCAGCGCUGGAAAAAGAGGUAAGUUUAACCCCUUCCUCUCCAUCCAGCCCGGCGGGAGGGGGCCCUCAGGGUGGGGGCACUAUAGUGCCAGGAAAAAGUGUGUUUUCCUGGCACUAUAGUGGUCCUUUAAUGAAGCUUUGGUGUUUAGAUCACGCCUCUGCAGUCUAAUUGCUCAAUUAUCUGCCGUUUAGGGGUUAAAUCACUUUCUUUAUGUUGUCCUAGUUACACUUCCCUGCAUUUUGUAUUAAAUAUCCUUUCUAAAUUCUUCCUGUAAAGAGUUAUCUAAUGUUUACACUUCCUUUAUUGCUAAAUCUGUUUAAUUUAGACUUUCCUAUCUUCUGCUCUGUUAAUGGCUUGAUAGACACUACAGGAGCCUAUUGUAUGUAAUUAAAGAUUCGUUUAAAUUUUUACAUUUGAUUUAAAAUGAAACCAUUUUGUUUUCGUGCAAGUUGUCAGUCACAGCCUGGGGAGAUGUGACUAGGGCUGCACAAACAGAAACAAAAGGGAUUUAACUCCUAGAUUGCAAAGAAUUGAGCUUUGAAACUUUAGAGGCAUGAUCUAUACACCAAAACUGCUUCAUUAAGCUAAAACUUUUUGAUGACUAUAGUUUCCCUUUAACUUACUUAAACUGAAUCAAAAGUUUAUUUAAAGGACCACUAUAGUGCCAGGAAAACAUAUUCGUUUUCCUGGCACUAUAGUGCCCUGAGGGUGCCCCCUCCCGCCCGGCUCUGGAAAGGGGUUUAAACGUACCUUUUUCUAGCGCUGGGCGGGGAGCUCUCUGCCUCCUCUCCUCCUCCGUUCCGCCCCGUCGGCUGAAUGCGCAGGCGCGGCAAGUUGCGCGCGCAUUCAGCCGUUCGCAUAGGAAAGAUUUACAAUGCUUUCCUAUGGACGCUGGCAUGCUCUCACUGUGAAAAUCACAGUGAGAAGCACGCAAGCGCCUCUAGUGGCUGUCAAUGAGACAGCCACUAGAGGCUUUGGGGGAAGGCUUCACCCAUUAAUAAACAUAGCAGUUUCUCUGAAACUGCUAUGUUUAUAAAAGAAUGGGUUAACCCUAGCUGGACCUGGCACCCAGACCACUUCAGCUCAAUGAAGUGGUCUGGGUGCCAGGUCCCUCAGGUUAUAAUUUAUCAUACUGUGUUGCACUAUUGUCUUAUUUUAUUUUUUGUAGAUCUACAGCUGCAUCCUCCUUUUGUAUAUAUCCCCUCAGGUUUUAACCCUGCAGAAGCAAACAUAGCAGUUUCAGAUAAACUGCUGUGUUUACAUUGCAGGGUUAAGCCAGCCUCUCAUCUUUCCUUUAAAAUGCAUUGAAGUAAUAUUGGUACCUGGACUGUAUCUUUAACCUUGUUUAUUUAUUGCAAAAUCAAUUUCAGUGUUUUUACUGUCAAUCUUUUAAUUUUUAUUAAAUUUAGGAAGGAUAAUGUAAAAGAGAGCCCAAAAAAGAAGCGGUGGGAACCUUCUCUCCAAUCACCCCAUGGCAGCACCAUUACCGUCACACAGUCUGCAAGAGGUGGUGGAAACCUACGGGGCCGAUUUAGUAGUUUCCCUACAAAGUUUGGGAACCGUAAUGUCUUCAUGAAAGAAUCCAGCUCAUCAAGUGCAGGGUCCCGGUCCAGAUCAAGGUCUCCUCCACACACUCCUCACAGACGACACCGCCGCAGGUUAGAAACAAGAAAUUUUUACAUGUACAAUUUUUGUUUUGAUGCACAAUCUCCACCUGGAUUUGUGUUGCUUCUAAAAUGUAUUCUAUUUGUUUUACCACAGUGAUUCAGACUCUGAAAGCUCUGUAUCCAGUAAUGAAAUUCGAGGCCGGAAAAAUUUUCAAAAAGGACGUGGUCGGGGUGGUCACAUGGAUCGUGGUCGAGGAAAGUCGCAGAGGGGUAAAAGGUACGUGAUGUAGACUGAUAUUUCACAAAAAAUGGGCUUGGUCAAUUCUCGUUCUCUAAGGUACACACAACACUUAACCCUUUAAUACCAAAACCAUGAAUGCAUAAUUUAAGGGGCCCUUUUUGAAGUACCAAAACAACUAUUGCUUAAUGAAGUGAUUUUGGUGGAUAGAUCAUGCCCCUGCAACCUCCUGCUCAAUUUUCUGCCAUUUAGGCAGCACUAGCCACGCCUCUCGUGCAAGUGUUUUCAUAGCAUCACUACACUCUCCCUGUAGAAAUAGAUAUUUCCUUAUUGCGGUGUGUUUACAUUAGAACUUAUUUCCCUCUCUUUUUAAUUUCCUGCAACUACCUCCUGUGUGUGAUUAAAGUUCAUUUAAAGGACCACUCCACAACUGUAAAGCACCUUGGCACCCUGAAGUGCUUUAUGGGUAAGGAGUAUCCCAUUUCAAAGGCCUUUUAUACCAGUGCCAAUAACUAUGAUCGCUUAUUCUACGCUAUACCAUCUCCAACUUGAAAACCGGUCUUUUUUCCAGCAAACACUCUAGUAGUAGACCAAAAAAAAUAUUUUUAUAAAACACCCGAAUAAUUACUAUCCCAAGAACACAUCUUUAUGCUAAUCUGACUGAAUACAUUAGUCAAAGGAAUACACUAGCAAUAUGUCCUUUCUCUAUUAGCCCUAAGUAAGUAACAGAAAAACACUGAAAUGGCAGUUAAAAUUUUAAUGUAGUUAAAUACAAAGCUAUGCAAUUGGGGUUGAGGAAUGCACAAGUAAUUUACAUCCUGAAUGUUAGUAAGGGAAAGCACAUGAGAAGCAUUUAGGAAUGGGUAUAGACCUCAAACUAGGCAACAAUGUCUGACAAUUACUAGUUAAGACCAGUAAGGUGGCUUUAACAAGGGGCAUUCGUUCUUGAGGCAAAAAUAUAAUUUAGACUUUCUGUGAUCAAUGGUGAGGCCUUAUCUUGAAUAUGCUGUGAAACUUUAGGCAAAGGCAGGUUACAAAAUUAAUUGGGAGAAUGGAAUUUUUAGUUAUGAAUAAAGGCUCAUAAAUCCACUUAGUUUAGAAAAGCGAUGCCUCCGAGUAAAUAUAACAUUAUACACACACACACACACACACACACAUAUAUUUUUUAUUUGAGGCCAAUGCAAACCAUUGUUUGGAAAUCUGAAUUUAAACAAGUAUGUAGGUCACUCAUUUAGACUGGAAGGAAUGAGAUUUAGUCUAAAGGAAAGGGUUAUUUACAGGAAGAACAUUAUUUGUGAACUUCUCUGCCUGAAGAGAUGGUUUUAUCAGUUGUAUAGAUUUGUUUUUAAUCCACAGCGGGAUGAUUAUUUUUUUUUUAUUGAUGUAGCAUCAAUAUAUGCUGCAGGACCUUAAUUCUAAAAGAGGAUAUGACAACAAGUGAAGAGUUGAGGGAGAUCCUGGUCAAAUAAGCAUACAUUCUAUUAAAAUAUUUUUUGAUACAUUUUUCAAAAUUUUCAUAAUCAUUUUUAAAAGUUUACUCAGAAAUAUUAAAUCAUUUGGAAAGCUUUACCAACAUUUAAAUUGAGGCCUUUAGAAGAAAUCUAUGAAGAUAUUUCUAUACUCUGCACUACAGCUUUGGUUGUUGAUUCAGGAAUUCUCAAUACACUGGUUUAAUUUCAAUUGUGUAAAUAAGACUGCCUAAACAAAUGAUUAAACUAUCUCAAUGGACCCCAAUUUGUGUUUUAGCUACCGGUGGUUUUUCAGGGAGGAUGAGUUGUACCAUGUGGGCUUUAAAUAGCCUACAUGCUGGCUAUGGACAAUACCUAAUCCAAGGAGGAUGACUGUGAUUUUACAGCCACAUGUGCCAGUUAUUGUGCUAGUUAUUAGGGGAUGGGCCAGGCGGAAUCAUAGUGGAUAGGGUAGCUGUCUGAAUCAGACUAAUGGAUAAGAAUGCAAAAUAAACAGACCCCCUGUUAAAACCAUGCUCACAAACACCCCCUUAAAAGGACACUCUGGUAACAGUAACUGUUUUAUCUCACUAAAAUGUCUACAGUGCCUGGGGUCCCCUAGUACCAUUCUUCCAUUUAGUGAUAAACUGUUUUUAAUGCUAUAUAAAGAGUUCUCAGCAGCUCAUCCCUCCUCCACCUGCUCAGGCUAAUGAAGCAUUAGCCUGAGCAGCAGUGGGUGGCUGUGACUGAGUGUCAGCUGACCUCAUCAGCAUAUCACAGUGCCCAUUUCAGGUAUGAAUUAUGGCUAGAAGGAAGUGUGCCAUCAGCCUUCACCACACCUUCAGUUGGAUGGGGCUUUGGGAAGCCAGGACUCACAUUUAACAAAAAUGGUUUAACACUGGUUGGAGAGACAGUCCCAGGGUACUCCAUUCAAUUUAAUGAGAAUAAAUCAUUACAGUGUUUCUUUAAUGCAAGGAAUAUGAACAGCCAAGCUCACUCGAGAGAGCGCCUAUCUGCAAAAAUGAAUGUAUACAAGUUUUUUAAAUAGUGCGCUCAUAAUUACGCCUGAUCUCAUACCAUGUAACGGGGAAAGAUAACAUUUUUGAUUUCCCCUACCACAGAAUUAUCUUGGUCAAGGAGAAUACCACUACUUUGUUAAUUACGGAUUAUAAAAUCAAUUCCUUAAAAUGGAUAAGAAGAUAAUGCUACUUACCAUUAUAAAAUAUUAAUAUAUUUGGUAGUAACUGACAUCGCGAAAAUAUUUUUAAUAUAUUAAUCCUUUCAUAUAUUAUAAAUUAGAAAGGAAAUAGAUUUUUUUUUAUAAAAAAAAUAUCUUCCCUGAUACACUGCAUAACGUGAAACCGGAAAGACCACAGAGACUAACUGUCGGUUUUCAAACACUGUCCGACUGAUGCGUGUAUUUGGCUGAAGGAUCCUGUCAAAUACUAAAGGUAGGGAUAGCUAUUUGUAAUUUUAUGCGCGUACUUCAUUUAAAAAAAAAUUAUUUCAGUACUUGCUGAAAGGAGUUUUCUUCAAAAUUAAAAUUAAAAUAAAAAAAUAUAUUUUUUUUAGGUGACUUCCCAAUAAACGUCUGGUCCUUUGAUCAUUGCCUAAAAUGCUAUCCCCUUAUGGGAGACUGAAAAAAAUCCUCAUUGAAACCACUACCUGAAAGUGAUAAUUUUUAUUUAUUUAUUUUUUUUUUGUCGGCAUUACUUUGUAAAGUAUGCCAAACCAGUUUAUUUUAGAGAGUGUUGAUUUAAUAUUCUUAGUAUAGCCAAAGAUCAUCAAGUAUCUCUGUUCUCAAAUUACACAAAUAUCCUUUUCAGGAAUGAUCAAAGCUUCAAUAAGAAAAACCGGAAAAAAAAUACUAUGGAGUUUGAAGACCCCGAAAAGGAAUUUAAAAGGGAAAAAAGAGCUGCUCGUUUUCAGCAUGGCCAUGGUACCAAGAAGUUGCGAAUCGAACCACUUGUGCUGCAAAUAAACAAUUUGGAUGCUGGAGGAUCUGAUGGCUUUGAUUGGAAUGAGCUGAAAAUUGUUGGUUCCUGUCAGGACAUAACCAAACAUUAUUUACGUCUAACUUGUGCACCUGACCCAUCAACUGUGCGACCAGUACCUGUAAGAAUCUUUUUAUUUCUCUUACAAAACUAGUUUAAAAAAAUUAAAAAAAAUAAGCUUUCCUUUUUCUUGUACUUAUAAUACGUAACUAAAUGUUUUGAUAAAUUAAUAAAUUAGAGGAAGGCCAUGAAAUUGCUUUUUCUCAGAAUUGAUUAGUAAAAUGUUAAUUGUGCCACAUUUUCAGGUGUUAAGAAAAUCUCUGACAAUGGUGAAAGGACAUUUUCAGGAAAAGCAGGAUUAUGCUUUUGCUUGUGAACAGAUGAAAUCAAUACGUCAAGAUUUAACGGUAUGUGUUCCAGUGAAAAUGAAAGGUGAAGAUUAAAUGCUGGCAUUUACAUACAGUGUUUUAAACAUCAAUAUCUUUCACAGGUUCAGGGAAUUAGAACAGAAUUUACGGUGGAAGUUUAUGAAACACAUGCACGUAUAGCACUUGAAAAGGUAGGAUUCUGUUACAUACAGGGAGUGCAGAAUUAUUAGGCAAGUUGUAUUUUUGAGGAUUAAUUUUAUUAUUGAACAACAACCAUGUUCUCAAUGAACCCAAAAAACUCAUUAAUAUCAAAGCUGAAUAUUUUUGGAAGUAGUUUUUAGUUUGUUUUUAGUUAUAGCUAUGUUAGGGGAUAUCUGUGUGUGCAGGUGACUAUUACUGUGCAUAAUUAUUAGGCAACUUAACAAAAAACAAAUAUAUACCCAUUUCAAUUAUUUAUUAUUACCAGUGAAACUAAUAUAACAUCUCAACAUUCACAAAUAUACAUUUCUGAUAUUCAAAAACAAAUCAGUGACCAAUAUAGCCACCUUUCUUUGCAAGGACACUCAAAAGCCUGCCAUCCAUGGAUUCUGUCAGUGUUUUGAUCUGUUCACUAUCAACAUUGCGUGCAGCAGCAACCACAGCCUCCCAGACACUGUUCAGAGAGGUGUACUGUUUUCCCUCCUUGUAAAUCUCACAUUUGAUGAUGGACCACAGGUUCUCAAUGGGGUUCAGAUCAGGUGAACAAGGAGGCCAUGUCAUUAGAUUUUCUUUUUUUAUACCCUUUCUUGCCAGCCACGCUGUGGAGUACUUGGACGCGUGUGAUGGAGCAUUGUCCUGCAUGAAAAUCAUGUUUUUCUUGAAGGAUGCAGACUUCUUCCUGUACCACUGCUUGAAGAAGGUGUCUUCCAGGAACUGGCAGUAGGACUGGGGGUUGAGCUUGACUCCAUCCUCAACCCGAAAAGGCCCCACAAGCUCAUCUUUGAUGAUACCAGCCCAAACCAGUACUCCACCUCCACCUUGCUGGCGUCUGAGUCGGACUGGAGCUCUCUGCCCUUUACCAAUCCAGCCACGGGCCCAUCCAUCUGGCCCAUCAAGACUCACUCUCAUUUCAUCAGUCCAUAAAACCUUAGAAAAAUCAGUCUUGAGAUAUUUCUUGGCCCAGUCUUGACGUUUCAGCUUGUGUGUCUUGUUCAGUGGUGGUCGUCUUUCAGCCUUUCUUACCUUGGCCAUGUCUCUGAGUAUUGCACACCUUGUGCUUUUGGGCACUCCAGUGAUGUUGCAGCUCUGAAAUAUGGCCAAACUGGUGGCAAGUGGCAUCGUGGCAGCUGCACGCUUGACUUUUCUCAGUUCAUGGGCAGUUAUUUUGCGCCUUGGUUUUUCCACACGCUUCUUGCGACCCUGUUGACUAUUUUGAAUGAAACGCUUGAUUGUUCGAUGAUCACGCUUCAGAAGCUUUGCAAUUUUUAAGAGUGCUGCAUCCCUCUGCAAGAUAUCUCACUAUUUUGACUUUUCUGAGCCUGUCAAGUCCUUCUUUUGACCCAUUUUGCCAAAGGAAAGGAAGUUGCCUAAUAAUUAUGCACACCUGAUAUAGGGUGUUGAUGUCAUUAGACCACACCCCCUCUCAUUACAGAGAUGCACAUCACCUAAUAUGCUUAAUUGGUAGUAGGCUUUCGAGCCUAUACAGCUUGGAGUAAGACAACAUGCAUAAAGAGGAUGAUGUGGUCAAAAUACUCAUUUGCCUAAUAAUUCUGCACUCCCUGUAUUCAUGUCAUGCUGGUUUGAAUUUCCUUAUGGGUGUUAUAGAUGGGCAAGAGAACUAUAAAAUGGAUCUGUCAUCUCAAACUAGUCUGUCUUCUAUUGUUUACUCAUAUCCUAAUUCAAAAUCUGUUCUUUUCUUACACUUGAUAUUUCCCUUUAAAACAUAAGACAAAUUUGGCUACACUUGGCAAUCUUGAUAAAAGGUGGAGUUAGCUUAACAAAGGAAGUGGAGUUUGCAAUAAGCUCCACUUUUUUGUCACAAUAGCCAAACAGUUUAUUUUUUGAAGAGCAGUAGAUCAGAAAUUAAGAAAAGGACAGAUUCUGAAAGGAAGAGAAGAGGAAACAAUAGGAGGAAGAUAUGUUUAAGGAUGACUUGUAACUCAUUAGUUGUGCGGACCCAGGUAUAUCUCCUUUUUACUAUGGUUGUUCUUGGUAAAAGAUGUGUACAAGAAAGGUAAAUGUUAAAUAGAUCAAUUAUGAUAAUAUACCUCCAAAUAGUCCUAUAUUUGGCAGAAAAAUCCUGAUUUUUGUUCUUGUGUUCUGUAUUCUGCUUCUGGAGAUUACAAAAUAAUCCUUGGUAAAAACAAACUGCUUGCAGGGUUGCUUCAACAGCACUUUGCACGUGGGUAACCUUGAGAGGGGCUAGCAGAGCAUCCCAUCCCAUAUUAAUGUAUCCCAGUUUGUUCUGAAAAACCUUUGUGCUGAUAUUUUAGUUACUGUUUUAUUUGUUUAGAUUUAAAUAAGCAAUCAAAAUAUUAUCUGUACUGUCUAAUAUCAGGGUGAUCAUGAGGAAUUCAACCAGUGUCAAGCUCAACUGAAAUCCUUAUAUGUGGAAAAUACUUCUGGGAACGUCGGAGAGUUCACUGCAUAUCGUGUCUUGUAUUAUAUCUUCACCCAAAACUCUGGUGGUAAGGCUGUUAAUCAUAUAGUAAUGCUAGCAUACAUUUAUUAUUUAAACUGUAGUUUUUACAUUUUUAUUUAAUUCUGUCUUCAGAUUUAACAACCGAACUGGCGCAUCUGACCAAAGACUUGAAGACUGACCCUUGUGUUGCACAUGCACUUGGCCUUCUGAAUGCGUGGGCACUUUCAAAUUAUCAUCGUUUUUUCAAGCUUUACCGUGAAUCGCCACGAAUGUCGGGGUAUCUCAUCGACAAGUUUGCAGACAGGGAGCGGAAGGCUGCCCUUAAGGCGAUGAUUAAAACGUAUGUGAAAGCCAACGUUUUAGUUACCCAAAUCAAGCACUCUCUUUUUAGUUUUUCUAUAGCACGCUGGGCCUUAACAUUCACAGAAAAUGUAUGUGCGUGCUAUUUUAUUACUAAAAUGUUUUUUACAGGACCUAUAAACAAAGGACAGAAGCGUGAUGCAUGCGCUGCCGUAUAUAUACUUUUUGUGUAGGCCCAUUAUAAAUAAUUAUAACAUCAACGUUAUUUCAACAAUGCAUUCUAAUGAAGUAGUGAAAACACACUUUUCAAAUAAUCUUUAGGGGAGUGCAAAUAUUAGUGCAGUUUAAAUGUUCAUGGUAAAACAGCAGGGAACAAUUUCUUUUAAUUUUCUCCAUAGAAGUGAGGGUAAGUAAAUCUAACAGUGGUUGAUUCAAGUUAAAAUAUAUAGAUUCAAGGUACUAUUUAACGUGUAUUGUGCAAAAACAACUUAGAAGGGCCAAAAACAUGAUUUAUCAAGCAAAAUGACUGUUUCCCAAAGGGGUUACUAAUAGUGUUGGUGAAUAGCUAUUAGUUAUACAAAUGCACAAUCAUACACUGGUAUGAAUACAAAUUGGAGGUUUUACAUUUUAAAGAUAUGGUGAAAAUGGCCAACUUUUUAGAAAAAUAAGGCGAUUUAAUUGCACUCUAUUGUGUUAAGCCUACUAACUACCCCUGUAUUGGUCAAUUUUUUACUUAUGUAAGGUAUUUAUAUAUGGAUGAUCACAUCAUAGUUGUAAUCUACAUCACUUAUGGAAAGGUAACCUAUUUAUCCCAUGAGAAUCUUCUCUAAAUGCUAUACUUCUGAGAAGACUAGUUAUGUGCACCUGUGAGGAGAGAGGUGGGGUUCUUGACACAAGAAAUCUAGUCAAGGCUAUAAAUGCCAAUGGAGAUAUUAAGCCCAAAACUUAGGCAGAUGUAUACAUGAUUAUUAGAACAUCUAAUUGAACUUGCAUUCAAUAGUAAUGCCAGUGCUGAUGGAAAUUAAACAUUGCAUCUGUGAAUGGUUGCACUCACAAUUGUUUGCAUUCAUUGUAGACAAUUGCAAGCUUAAGGUAAGUAUCUUUUAAUCUAUAAAUUGCUGGCGAUUUCACCAGCACAGUAUUUAAAUUAGUUGUGUACCUGCUUGAAGUGGAAUCUUGUAUCCACAUAUGUAAAUGUCACUUUAAACUUAUUCUUGUAUGUAGAUGGUAAUAUGCUGGUCUGUGUAAGUAUAUUUUCUUUUGACCCCUAGUUGGUUGCAGCGUUGUGGGGUUUUUGUUUUGUGCUUUUUUUUUUUUUUUUUUUUAAAGUAGAUGGCAUGAGAUAAAAUAAAACAAAAGCCAGGAACUUCCUGUACAUUUGCCAGGAACUCUACUGUGCAUCAGUUUAAUGCAUGUCUGGAGAAGCUUAUAGUUGUAUUGUAUAUCACAGGAAAAAACCCGAAAAGGAACUGCACACAAAUCUCAUGGGUGCUUUACCAGACCCAGGGCCAGCACCAGCCCAGCACAGUUUUAAAUAGCAGUGGAAGAAAGAGGGUCCAGACAUUCCAAUGCUCUAUAGGCACAUUUAUUGAAACAGGGAGAAAGCCACAUGGCAUUGUAAUAGGAAAAAAAGGACGUGGCGUGUUGGGGAAACUUUAUCAAAUUAAAUUUAUAAUAGUUAUUCAGAAGUAUAUAGGUGGGUGGGUUGUUUUUAGUUUUAUGGGUGUGGUUGUAUAAGAAAAUAAAUAUGGAGAGAAAACAUAAGGUAGCCCAACUUAUUGUUCAGCUCCUUAUUAAGAGCAAAGGUCAACAAAAAAUAGCCACUGUCCUGCCAAACAUAUCAUAUGUUAAUUUCCUUUGGAAUUAUACAUUAUAGCAAACAAUAAAUAGUUUACAAAUAUUCAUGCUUUGAUAAAGCUCUAGCUUUAUGUAUUUACAGAAGGUGGGUAUAAUUUGUGCGUAAUGAAACCAUUAUUUCAGGUUAUUGUGUCACAAUUAUGAUUGUUCUAACCUCUCUUACUCCUUUUUCCUCCACUGCUUUUUUGUUUUGUUUUAAAUCUUUAGUUUUCGGCCGGUGCUGCCAGUUUCCUACGUUCAGUCAGAAUUGGCCUUCGAGAGUGAGGAAGAGUGCCAGAGUUUCCUGGCUUCUUUAUCUUUGGUGUAUGCAGGGAGCGACGUCAGCAAGAUUGACUGCAAGCAGAGCUUAGCGGUCUUGUCAAACUUCUAAAUUGGUCCCUAUAUAUAUAUUAAUAUGUGUUCAACACAUUUAAUUGUUCACACCAAGUGUGAGAGAUUGUUCAGGUUCUUGCAUUUUUACAUAAAAUGGUCAUUUUUUUUUUUUUUACUUGCCUCUGGAUCAGAGGACAGAAUGACCACAUCUAUGCAUCCCAAAAUCAUUUUUGGUGAACUAAAAUGGCAAAGAACAAAUCUUUAUAGAAGCAUCACAGUCUUGAAUGAUUGUGUUCUGUUGGCAAGAGAUAUUUUGUGUACAUAUAUAGUGUUUUCAUCCAGUAAUUUCUAUCAAUUGGCAUCAUACCCAUGGUUUUAAAGAAAAGUUCAAGUAUGAUCUGAAACAGUAUUUGGCUCCAAUGUUAAAGUUUUGUAAACUUAAUGGAGUUGUGCUCUAAAAGUGUUGUUAAGUAUACAGUGUUUUUGUUUCCAGAAUGUAGUUCUGUAAAAUUUACAUCACACAGCCUCAUUGGGAGCUACAUACACAGGACAGAUAGAGCUGACCGGUUACUGUAGAUGAAACAUGCAAAGACGUUUUCUUGAGGAAUGAGCAAUUUUAUUUAGCACAACAAAGAAACUAGAAAGAUGACUGCAUCUAUCACUAAAUUUCAAACAUUUCAGUAGGCUUUCUGUAAAUAAGGUUUCGGGUUUUUGUUUUUUUGUGUGCUUUAAAUGGUAUAUUUGUUAUCAAAGAUUACUUUUGAUUUAAACAAAAGAUUUUUAUUUUUUGUAAAUUUAAUUUUACUUUUCGUUUUUUUGUUUUUUUUUUGUAAAUUGUAAAUGCUUAUAUGGUCCUGUUAAUAAUAGAAACUAACAAUGUCUCAGUUUCUUCUCUCUUUACCUCGUCUGUACAAGCCUCUGUCCAUCUGCUGCACAGAAGUAUACACAUGUAGCUGUGGAGAGAAGGCAACACUCAAAAGUAAAAGCCAACUCAAACAUUGGGAGAAAACAAGCUUCAUAUGCAACGCUACUUGGUGGAAUAAGAGACUUACACUUUUAAAGAACUUUUAUCAUCCAACAAGUCUUCAAAAGAAGAUUGGCGUUCACAUUAGUUCAAGAACAUCAUGGCACCUGCCAAAAAUGACCUGGAACCAUUUGCUGCUGGAUCCUGCCACCAGUGAGAAGAUCCGUUUCAACUUGUUUAAUAUAUUCAUAUUCUUUUCCUCCUGUCCCCACCUCCCUUGGUUUUAAUUUAAUUUUUUUUUUUUUUUUUUCCUUAUCCUUCUUUAAGAGCAAAAUUAUACUUUGCUCCCCCUGUUUUUGCAGGUAAAUAUUAAGUUUGUCCACAUAUUAAUACCUUUUUUCCUUCACCUGUCAGAAUUAUCUGUAUUUUCCAUCUCCACCUUUCUCUUAUACAGCACUUUCAUUUUCUGAGCCUCCCCUCUUCUCCCAGCUUGGAAGAUGUUACUGUUUUGACAAUGUGCAAUCAUGAGCAACCAAUAGCUGCUCUUCAUUUGCAGAUUGUUUUCAUUUUCUCCUUUCAAUAAAUUGAGUUGCAGACAAUGGUGUUUUUUGUUUUAAUUAACCCCUUAAGGAUGGCGGGCGUUAUAUGCCGGCCUUAAGGGGUCAGUCCUUAAAGCCACAUAGGGGAGUAGAUCGUCGCCGCUGUCUUAUUGACUUACCCGGUCACCGUCGGUGGGCACAAUCCUGGGGACUACCUGAGAGCAGAUUUGGCCCUCCCGUGUGAGCACAGGAUCCUCGCGAUCACAUGGCUAUCUGCAUCUGUGCCUGCAAGCCCAAUAUGCCUGUUAGUGUGUGUAUGUAUGUAUAUAUAUGUGUGUGUGUGUGUGUGUGU